GAUGCCACAGUGUCAAAGAUUGUUCCAGGAAGUACAGUCCACAGUGGGGGGACCAAGGUAAAAGUGUACGGUACAAACCUUGACACUGUACAGCAUCCAAAAAUUGGUGUUCAACUACCAACUGGAGAAAUGACUGAAGAGGAAUGUGUUGUAAAUGAGGCUGACGAAGGUAAAGAAAUGACGUGUACUAUGCCAAAUAUACUGCCGUUGAUGACGUCAAUGGAUCAGAGCACACUUACACAUGUUUUUGUAUACUUUUCUAUGGAUGGUAUAGAGAAACUUCGAAAACCUACCCACAGGUUUAUCUACAACCCAAACCCUGUUGUGACUAAAUUUGAUGGCGAGGAAUUCUUGAGGGUUUUCGAUAUUGAAGAAGAUGAUUUAGAAAUAAAGGGAGAAGGUCUGACAAGAGGUCUAAGUCAGCAUGACUACGUAAUUUACAUUGGAAGAAAUCGAUGUAAUGUGUCUGCCCUCACAGACAGGGUCAUCAAGUGCAUACCAAAUAAACCGAAAAGAGUCGUUGCAAAUGAACCUCAACAAGCUGUCGAGAUUCGGAUUGGAAAAAAUCUAGUGUAUGAUGUUGGAUUCCUGAAAUAUACAAUGAAAGAAGAGGUUUCGGAAGGUUCGUUAAGUGUUGGCAUCUUAGCACUUAUUGUCAUCCUAGUACUCAUCAUCUUGGCAAUCAUUGCAUUACUGAUCGUAAUGAAGAUGCGGAGAAUGGGGCCUUUUAGAGAUAAGAAUGAAGAGAGAUUUAGAUAUGUACAUGGUCAGGGUAUGGUGGAUGCUGAAGGUCAGAGGUUAAUGGAUCAGAAUAGACAGAAUGCAUAUGCCGAGCAAGGUAAUGAAGGACAAACUAGCCCAUACAGCACUGGCAUUGACGAGGAAACAAAAUUGUUACUGAUGGACCAGAAGCUUCUUAUUGAUCGUCAGUUCUUACAGAUGGGGGAACUUCUUGGAGCAGGUCAUUUUGGAAGUGUGUUUAAGGGAUGGCUCACUUUUCCAGAUGUUAAAGGAGAUGAAGAGGUUGCAGUGAAAACUUUACAUAGUGAGUCAGAUUAUUCCAUUACCCAUUAAACUUGCUGGAACCUA